AUGGAGUCCGUAUUCAGGCAGCAACAGCAACCAUCGCAUCAGGAGCAGGGGGCGGGGGCCACCCCUGUGGCUACUACGCGAAGACGGGGGAGGGGGACAUUCAACCAGCCACUGCGGGCGGAUCAGCCUUCCGCUAACAACACCAAGCUGACUGCAGUUAACGACAACGCGUCUGUCCUGACGGCUGUCACAACAACUGUUCUGCCGGCUAGCAACCCUCCGCCAGUCUCACGAGUGCCGGAGGAGGACCUUGCGGCGGAGUAUGGCGGGCAUAAGCGUGAUAUUCCGCUAAAUAUUCGCGAGAAUUUCGGUGUAUGCGAAACCGAGCAUGAGGCGGACACCGUUCGACAGCUGCUUUUCCGUGGUGAGAAGCGGCGCCGCUACUGCAUCAUUGUUGGUGAACUGCAGAACUCUGCCCGUCCCAUCACGCUUAAGCUGUUCGGCCACAAGGGACCAAAACCUUUUAAGUUGCAGAAUAAACUUAUUCGGUUGGUGAACAUCAGCGUUGGCAGGCCACGUCCUCCGCGACCGGUGAUUGAAGGGGUAGAAGGAGGAGAAGGAGAAGGAGAAGGAGAAGGAGAGGAUGCGAGGGAGGACAACAGCGACGCCGAUGAGUUAAAGCGCGGGGGGUCCGACGAACUCGACAUGGCGUGUUAUGCCGGUCAUGAGAGCGUCCAAGACGAACCUGAGCCGACCCACGAUGUGUAUGAAGAACCAACUCAGCACAGCGAUAAGGAACAGGAACGCCACGGAGACGAGGAACAGCAACGACAACCGCGACUGGAGGGAAAGGAAGAUGCUUCUCGAGAAGAUUAUGACACGAGGGUGAGGUAUACGUCGCAGAACUACGAGGACGUGGAUGUCUACGCGAACGAGGACAAUGUUCUCCCAUUGAUGGUUGAAUUGCGGGAUUCUGCCACAACCAAUAUGAGUCAGCCGUCGUCCAUGGCGAAUAGUCCUGUCCUUACGGUCACACGCUUCGAUGGACUUCAAAAGUACUUCUUCGAUGAGUUUACGCACCUCCUUAGCUUGGAGGACGUUCGUAUGCAGCAUGUCUCGAUUAACCUCAACCUUGGUGCCGCCUACUGCUGUCUCGCGCGUGAGGGGUCGUACAGCACACCGUUAAAAUACGCCACUUUUAGUGAAUUUGUACAACGUAUGAACGAAGAGUCGAUGCAGCUGUAUUUUAUGAAGGAUGCACCAACCUGUGUUUCGCGCGCCGUGGAUAGGGAAUGUGGGGCACUGCAGUCUGAGGCUGUUUUUUCGCUCGUGAAGAUUUGCUUUUUCUCAAAUGAGCGACAGAGUCGCUCUGUGGCACGAGCCAUGUGGGAUGCGUACGAAAAUCGAUUUGUCUUGCUGGAUAUGGAAAACGCUGGUGUCACGUUUACGUGGACGGUAUUCUCUGUGGACGAGACGGGCAUCGCCGCCGCGCCGAUGGGCCCUUCUCCUCAAGAUGUGGGGAACCUGAGCACCGUUGGUGUUGACGGCAACGGCAGUGGCGGUGGCGAUGGUGGCGGUGCGGGCACUGGCCCAGACGGCAACGGUGCCAUGCGGAAAAAAACCGUAGCGUUUCCGUUUGAACUCGAGUUCCACGUGUACCGCCGCUGGAAGCAGCACACAGAACACCCGGCCGCCCCCAUUGCCGAGGCAAUUCUUGAUAAGUUGUCCCUCGCGGAGCACAAUCUUAUCCAUUAUGGCUCAACUAUUGGCUACGAAAGCAUGGAUCUCUCGCACGUGUGCGAGGUCGAUGCUGAGUCGGAGGACUUUAACGUGGAGAGCAUCAUUGUGGAGCACACCUCACGCGUGAAACCGCGGGGGACAGAUCUCACAGUGGACAGCACCUCGUCGCUCUGGAUCGAGAACUUUGCGGCCGCGCGUGCCCUUAAAAACCGCCUUGCACAGGGAAACAUCAGCGCGACCACGGUGCCGCAAGCGGUGCGGGAGCGACCACGGGGACGUGAAGGACGUGGGCCCGCGACACCGCAUGUGCCGAAGCAAAAAACCCUGCACCCUGCCUCACGACUGACGUUCUUCCGCGCCCGCAGCAGCACGGUGCAUUGGAAGCUGCGGCCCAGCUGCAGCACAGAGGAGAACUUGGCGCCGCUAAGCGAGGCCCUCCACUUUGCGCGGCAGGUGAUUAACACGGCGAAUGAGAUUGAGCGCACUUCGGUGCGUGGUGGCGCCGCCCCAGACGCCAUUUGA